UAAUCACGAGCUAGAAUAGUGGGCUUGUUCAGUCUUGUUGGCUUGUCGAGCCAAUGAUAAGGUUUUAUCGUGAAUAAUUUCGCGUGUAUUCUACACGUAUGAAGGACAACGUGGACCAUUCCCUCUCAGUUUAUUCAUAGGAAUACUCCAGCAUGGCGAAGGUGAAAGUUGUCGUAAUUGGUGCAGGUGUGGUUGGGAUGUCCACAGCUGUGUGUAUAGCUGAGGCUUUACCAUUCUGCACUGUCAACAUUCUGUCUGAGAAAUUCUCUCCAGACACCACCAGCGAUGUAGCUGCCGGGAUCCUUCUGCUUAAGGAGAUUCCAGGUAUUCCUGUGGAACGUCAGCUACGUUGGUUUAAAGGCACAUUCGAUCAUCUUCUGGCAAUUUCUGAAUCAGCACAAGCCUCAGAAGCAGGAGUAUUUCUGAGUUCAGGAUACCAGAUAUACAAAGAGGUCCCUAGUAACACAAAACCCUUCUGGGCUGAUACUGUGUUUGGAUUUCGGACUAUGACAGAUCAUGAGAUGAAGAGAUUCCCUAAUCAUAAAUUUGGUCAAGCUGCAACCACUUUAAAGUGUGAAUGCCUCAGAUAUCUGCCAUGGCUGGAGAAAAGGUUGACAAAAGCAGGAGGUCAGAUGAAACGAGAGAAAGUGACUGACCUUCAGCAGCUUGCUCAAAGCUAUGAUGUCAUCGUCAACUGCUCAGGCCUUGGCUCUCAAUAUUUGGUGGGGGAUGAGCAGGUCCACCCAAUACGUGGCCAAAUCAUCAAGGUUCAUGCUCCAUGGGUGAAGAAUUUCCUUUGUGAUAUAGGUGGAAAUAUGUACAUCUACCCUGGCAUAGACUAUGUCACCCUGGGAGGUACUCGGCAGGUGAAUGAUUGGCGUUUGGAGGUGGAUAAGGAUGACAGCAAAGGCAUCAUGGAACGCUGCUGUAAACUUGUACCAUCCCUAAGGUCCGCUAAGGUGCUGGGAGAAAAGGUGGGGCUGAGGCCUGGCAGAAGCAAUCUGCGCCUAGAGAGAGAGUGGCUGCAGGUUCAGGAUCGUCAGGUGCCACUGGUGCACAAUUAUGGCCAUGCCUCCUGGGGCAUCUCUCUGAGCUGGGGCACUGCACUGGAGGCACUGGAUUUGGUGAGGAAAAGUCUACAUGAGAAACCCCCUCAUGCCAGUCUAUGAAUGUACAGAAGUCAUAUAAUCAUGUUGAUUACAAAAGCUCCCUGGACAAAACACCAUACAGCAAGGGGGGCAGUUUAGUCUCAAGGGCCAAUUACCAAAUUAUUAUUUUAAACAUAUGACUACAUAUAAUGAACUAGAUUUUUGUGGAAUAACUGUAGCAGGAUAUCAGAUGUCAGCUAUAACUAGAGUCAAACAACUUAAUAUCCAUAAAUUUAUGUUUCUUUUCAGGACAAAUUCCACUGACCACUUUUCUUAAGGACUCUUUAAAACUUUACUAAACAAAACUAAACAAAAGGUUUCCCAUGCUUAAUGGUUGGAAUCAGUGCCACUUAUUAGCUCCAUUAAUGUUCUGCAACCCAUUUGUUCUGAUAAAAAUAAUUGCUUCUGCCAGAAUUGCUUUCAGCUGCUUCAGUUUCUCAGGCCUUUCUUCCAUGCAAUAUUUUCCAUAAUGCAAAUAUUUUGUUUUAUGAUAUUAAUUCUUUAACAGCUGCUUGACAUAUAAGGCAAAUUUACAAUAGCUUUGGAGAGUAUUCUUAUUUCCAGCUCUAAUGAAAUUGCUUACUGUCACUGUUAACUUGGAACUUUUUGCCUGUAGCUGUGACUAAAUAUUAUUCAGUACAUUCAUUUUGCAGGAGUGAGCAGUGAAAAGGACUCAGUAGUUUACUGUGUUAACAUUGUCUGCUGCCAGCAUCAGAUGCAGUGUUUGCAACAUUUUGGCCAUCACGCUAACUAUUAUACAUUGUAAGAGAGAAGCCUCAGGACAGUUAUCAUCUGUCUGCAGCCCACAUUUGGCCCAGGGGCUGGACUUUGGACACCCAGAUACAGUGUCAGUAAACUGCAAUUCUUAGAUGGAUGAAAAUUGGCAUAAAACUGCUUUGUCAUACUCAAAGGUUGCCUUUGUACUUCAUGUUGAAACAGAAUACAUGACUAACACACCCUUUUUCUAGGAUCAUAACUGUAGACUGCAUGGAGCCAAAUCUGUGUGUGACAUUUGAAAAGGAUUUAACACAGACACUUUGACUGGUCUGCAAUUCACAAGACCUAAGUCCUGUUGAAAACUUGUGGGAUUAUGUGGAACUGCAGGUAGAGGACACUGGAGGAAUCUUUACCUGAAAGAACUGAUGUUAUUAAGAUGUCUGGAGGCAUAAGUAUUAAACAAGAAACGACACAUGCAGCUAAUUUUUUGUCCACUGUCUGUGUGUGCAGUUCAGCUAGAGUUCAUGGGUGAGUUAGUGUUUAAGCUGCUGUUUCAAAUUUUCCCACAAAGUAUUUCUGACUUUUCGAAGGUCUAGUGAUUUGGCAGUUCAAAGUGUCAGAGUGGCCAUCAUGUUCAUUGAAGGUCAUAUAUACAGAUUUGGCCAGAUGCUCCCUGCAUUUAUUGUUCUGGAACAUAGAAAUGUCAGCAUUGUGUUUUGUUUGGCCAGCCUUCUGUAUGUAUGUUCUGUUUUUGCACAAAAUGCAAACUCAGAGCCUGGCCAACAACUGAAAAUAUGACUUUACAAGUUUUACAGUUAACUGAGAUUCAUGCAGGUGCACUGCUUAUUGACACUACUAUUCAUAAAUUCAUGCUAUUUAUGGAUGCCUUUCAUUUUAGCUGGGGGCUAAUCAUCCUCAUAUUCAUUUAUGAAAUUCAUGAAAUGAACCUAAUCUAAUUUAUGACCAUUUAUUAACUCCCCAGCUCCCCAACUAAUUGACAUUUAUUAAAAUUGUCAUUAUAAUUUUUUUUUUUAAAGUUUAGCUAUAGCCUGUGGUUCUGAUUGCCUUGGUAGUGAUUUAUAACUGCAACAAAUAGAAAUAGUUCUAUUAACUUCUGUGAAUACUAUUAAUAGCAUAAAGAACUUACACUAUAUAAAACCCUGUUAUUUUUAAUCAUAAUUGAAAAAUCAUGUUCAGAACUCAAAAACAGAAUGGUUCAUGUGCUCUUCAAGUCUUAUUUAACUUCUUUUAAUAAACAAAUUGGUUGAUUAA